AGAAAUUGACUAAUUAGCAAUGCGCACUAAAACUUGACGGUUCUCUCUAUAACAGCGAGGGAAAGACUCGGUUUUUCUCCCCCUUUCUCUUUUCUUUCUUCCAUAGAUGUUUGAAAUCGCAGUCAUUUACGCUCGACAGUUUUUACAAUAGCCUUGAGCCAUAAUUUUGCGAGUCUCUCCAGCAUCCAUACCCCUGCAUGGUCUCUCUCCACCGGCCAUGCACGACCGUUUCUCUCCCCAACCGUGGAUUUCCUAUUACUCUCGUUACGACUCACUGAGCCCCAGGCCCAAGGAUAAUGAUGUGUUGUUUCUUGGUAGCAUAAUUUGUCACACGUAUAUUUCUUCUUCUUCUUCUCUUGCAGAAAGCACAGCUCCCUCUCACACACUCACACACUUCUUGUUAAUUCAGAAGAACAAAUUAUCAACGUCAACAAAUAACCUGAAAUAGUGACUUUAUGAGUUGAAAUCAAUCAUUAUUUUGAGGCACCGACCAUAGACUUUUAAAGGAAAGGAAUACAGCUAAAGAAAAGGAGAACAAAGGAAAGCCAAGUGAGAAUAUUGGGAACCUAAAGCUUUACUUUCUUUUUUGUCAAGAUCGUAAGUCAGGUGGCGUUAACAGUCAGGAAGUCAUGUCCAGAUCCGGUGAUAGAACCUCCACCUUUGACCCUACACACAGUGACACCCUGCUGCACGGGCUCAACCUGCUAUGGAGGAAACAGCUUUUCUGUGAUGUGACUCUCACUGCCCAGGGACAGCAGUUCCACUGCCACAAAGCCGUGCUGGCGUCCUGCUCACAGUAUUUCAGGUCUCUCUUCUCCAGCAGUCAUAUGCUCAACAACGAGGGGACCAACAACAACAAAGACCAGGGGAGCAGUGGUACCCCGUCUUCCUCCCCCGAUGACAAGCUGAUGGCCAGCCCCCGGCCCAUCAACAACUUGGUCCUUCAGGGCUGCUCCUCCAUCGGACUACGGCUAGUGCUGGAGUACCUGUACACUGCCAAUGUCACGCUCUCCCUGGACACUGUGGAAGAGGUGCUCUCGGUCAGCAAGAUCCUCAACGUCCCUCAGAUCACCAAGCUCAGCGUGCAGUUCCUCAACGACCAGAUCUCUGUGCAGAACUACAAGCAGAUCUGCAAGAUCGCGGCGCUGCACGGCUUGGACGAGACCAAGAAGCUGGCCAACAAAUACCUGGUGGAAGAUGUGCUGCUGCUGAACUUUGAGGAGAUGUGCGCCAUGCUGGAUGCUCUGCCGCCCCCGGUGGAGUCGGAGCUGGCCCUCUUCCAGAUGUCGGUCCUCUGGCUGGAGCAUGACCGGGAGACUCGCAUGCACUACGCCCCAGACCUGAUGAAGAGGCUGCGCUUCGCCCUCAUCCCGGCCCCAGAGCUGGUGGAGAGGGUGCAGUCGGUUGACUUCAUGAGGAGUGACCCGGUAUGCCAGAAGCUGCUGAUGGACGCCAUGAACUACCAUCUGAUGCCCUUCAGACAGCACUGCAGGCAGACCACAGCCAGCAGGAUUCGUUCCAAUAAGAGGAUGCUGUUGUUGGUGGGUGGCUUGCCCCCUGGACCCGAUCGACUCCCCAGUAAUCUGGUCCAGUACUACGAUGACGAGAAGAAGACAUGGAAGAUCCUCACUAUAAUGCCUUACAACAGUGCCCAUCACUGUGUGGUGGAGGUGGAAAACUUCAUACUACUGCUUGGUGGAGAGGACCAGUGGAACCCCAAUGGAAAGCACAGCACCAAUCAUGUCAGCCGUUAUGAUCCACGAUUCAACAGUUGGAUACAACUUCCUCCUAUGCAGGAAAGGAGAGCCAGUUUCUUCGCCUGCUGCCUGGAUAAGCACCUGUAUGUGAUUGGCGGGAGGAACGAGUCGGGCUACCUCUCCAGUGUGGAGUCCUACAAGCUGGAGACUAACGAGUGGAACUACGUGUCCUCCCUGCCCCAGCCUCUUGCCGCACACGCUGGAGCAGUGCACAAUGGGAAAAUAUACAUCUCAGGAGGAGUCCACAAUGGAGAGUACGUAUCCUGGCUGUAUUGCUACGACCCCAUCAUGGAUGUGUGGGCCAGGAAACAGGAUAUGAACACAAAGAGAGCUAUUCAUGCCCUGGCUGGGACGAACGACCGCCUCUACGCUAUCGGGGGCAACCAUCUGAAAGGGUUCUCUCACCUGGAUGUGAUGCUGGUGGAGUGUUAUGACCCCAAAGCGGACCAGUGGAACAUCCUCCAGACGCCCAUCCUGGAGGGCCGCAGUGGCCCCGGCUGUUGCAUACUGGACGACAGCAUCUUCCUAGUGGGCGGAUACAGCUGGAGCAUGGGAGCCUACAAGUCUUCCACCAUAUGCUACAGCCCAGAGAAGGGGACCUGGACAGAGCUAGAGGGAGAGGUGGCUGAGCCCUUAGCAGGCCCAUCCUGCUCCACUGUCACACUGCCUGCCUGUCUGCCUUUCAACAAAUAACACAUCACUAGAUACAGAGCAGGAUGAGGAGGAAAAUAGGUGAGGAAGAGGAUGGGGGAUGGAGAAAAGGACCAUCGAUAAACAAACAUUUGUAAACAAAUUUUGUGAUGAAGUACUCCAAUCAGCCGAUGGGAUGUGUAUAAAUUAUUUUUUUACAGGUUUGACAAAAGAGCACUUUCGUUAUUAUUGCCUACUGAAGGUUUGAAAAAGUAAGUAAUCAUGUAUUUCAUGUAUUUAAAUCCCCAUCUGUGUUGAACUUUUUCCAGACAAUAGUCACAUUUCAUUUCAGAUUUUUUCUUUAAUCGAUAGUAAGUGUUUUUGGCUUAUCUUGAUAUAGCACGCAUAGUGUUUAACUGAAUUGUUAUAGCUUUAAAAAAUCAAUUUGUAUCUUGUUAUUAGUAGGAGACAUAAAUCCAAAACAGAAUGCAGUGUUGUUAAAAAGAAUUGACACUGGAAACAACCUGUCUGUCGACCAAAUCACACUGAAACUGAGUUCUGGUUAAUAUGCUCUUUUUUUCCAACCAAAAUCGUGAUUCUGUGUACAGUAUAUUGUAAACCAGAGACUAACUAACAGUUCAUCUGCAGCAAAUUAAUCAUUCUUUAAGCUGCAAGCAAGAACAAUUUUUACAUUCAACAUCGAUUCUGACCUUUGUAAAAACGGCACUAAAAACUAAUAUGGUUAUUUAAGGAUGGUACAAUCAAAUGAUUAUUAUUCAUUGCUAGCCAUUGGUAUACACGGGUAGCAAUUUUAACUGAGUGAUAAGGUAGGUUUUAUGUUUUAUGUUCAAUGUUACCUGUUAAUGUUUAACAGAGCCUAUUUCCAGAGAGCACACAAUAAAUUCCUCAAAAAGGGUACAUCCCAUUUACGAUUAUGAUAAAGCACACAGUGGUCCUCAAUGCACUAAUGGUGAACCUUAAAAACAGUGGUGUGUAAGAAUGGUUCACAAAACUAAAAGUUUGUUGAAUUGUUGUUAAUUUUAGUAUACUAUGUUCAGAAACAUGAUGAAAAGUGAAUUCAACUGUCAUGUCUGCGUUCUACUAUUUUGUCUAAGUAAGUGUGCAAGGUCCACACUUAAUAUUGGUACCUGUUGAAUUACAUAUAGAUACAGUAUGUUACUUUUUUCUUGUAAAUAAUAGCUUGCAGUGGAACAUUUUUGUGCACUCAACCUGGGAUUUAUUCUCAAAUCCUGUUAUGUCCUUUGCAUUUUAGAAUAUGAAAAUAAAAAGGAAACUUGACAAUUACAA